AUGGAGGUGGAAGUCCCUGGAAACCGCAAAGUAAUUACGGACGAAAGGUUUGCCCCUUCACAGAAGGAUCCUAGGUUCCAGGAUGCUCCAAGGCAUAAAACAAAGAUAAGCGGGGCAGAGCUAAACAAGAUGACGAUUCAUCUAAAACUGCUCUUAGACACUACUACCGAAUGGACGAUGAAGGAAAGAAACAACGCCAGGUGUCGGAUGAUGCUGCAAACUCCAAAUCAGAACAGGAAUCGGAAUCGGAAUCCAAUGGAGAAGAUGGUUAUACUUCAACGGAUACAAAUGAAGAGGGUGAAGCUUAUCUGGAGGAGGAAACCACUGGUUUGCAGCUGGAGGAGAAUGUACCUGAAAUUGAGAAAGAAACUCACAGGCUUGCAAUUGUUAAGUUGGAUUGGAAUCAAGUUCAGGCAGUUGACUUGUUGGUUUUGUUAA